AGCAUCCGAAUGCGUCCAAAUCAUCUUCGGGGUGGUUGCAAAAUCCUCUGCACUUGCAGCUUUGGCUGAGCAGGGCAGAGCUGGGCGGAAUGCAAUGCAUUGGUGAAUGGAGUUGUAUCCUAUCCCCAAGAAAGUAAUAGUAAAGUGGGGAAGUGGCAAGUGGGUGGAUAGUUGGUGCCCUGUGUGUGAGUUAUUCGCCGGUCCAGGUAGGGCCAGGAGAGGAGGAUGCUCAACAAGCGAAACGCCGGCAAAAGCAGCUACAGCCCUUACACCACGGGGCUGCGGGGCAAGAAAGACAGGUCUAAAGCGGGGCUGGACGCGCUGCCUAACCGACCAAAGGUAUGGCUCACGGAGCUGCCUCGUAAAGAUGCUGUCGAGGUAUCGGUCUCACAAGCCGGCUCUUUGUCUGAACUAUCUGCUGGGAACACCUCCUUGACCAAGCUCAGUUCUAGUCCGAGUGGUGUCAACACUCUCAAGAGGCCCGCCACCCUGAGCAGACACUCCAGUGCUGCGGCUUUCACAAUCGGCACCACCAGGACGUGGGGAGGCAACAAAGGGUACAAGACCCCUGGCGCUGGCAGUUCAGAUAGCAGCGAGGGCCUCGAGGUGGAGGAGAUCACCCAUCUACUGCGGGACGUGGCCAGGUUCGCAGAGACGGUGGAGAAACUGAAGGACAUUGUCUUAGAAGAGAAAACCGACACGCGGCGACCAGUGGCCCACGAGUGUCUCGGGGAGGUGCUGAGGGUCCUGCGGCUGGUCAUCAACAAAUAUCCACUGCUGAACACCGUGGAGACGCUCACGGCCGCGGGGACUUUGAUUUCCAAAGUGAAAGGCUUCCAUUACGAAUCCAACAAUGAAAAUGAUAAAAAGGAGUUUGAGAAGGCAAUUGAAACAAUGGCCGUGGCCUUUAGCAGCAAUGUGUCGGAAUUCCUCAUGGGUGAGGUGGACAGCAGCACUCUGUUAUCAUUGCCACCAGCGGACAAGUGCAGGUCGAUGGAGAAUCUGUGUGGCGGGAUUGCUGGACAGGGUGAUGCUGUGCUAAUGAAAGAUCAGUACAGCGAUGCAGGCUGCCCGUCCACGGAAGAAGUGGACAUCAUUCUUCAGCGGUCGGAGGGUGGCGUCGAAGCCGCUUUGCAAUACGCCAAGACCGUCUCCAAGUACAUGAAGGAUCUCAUUACCUACCUGGAAAAGAGGACAACUUUGGAACUGGACUUUGCCAAAGGUCUGACCAAAAUGAUCAAUACGUGUAGGCAGGCUAUCACUCACGAGCAUCACGUGCCAUUUCUGUCGAUCUAUUCACUGGCACUGGAGCAAGACAUUGACUACGGACAGAGUGUGAUGCAGGGAGUUAACAUUCUCCAGAAUCAAACCUUUCUCCAGCCGCUGGCUGGAAGAAGAUUGGAUCACGAGAAGCGCAGAAAAGAAAUUAAAGAGCAGUGGCAUCGAGCGCAGCGGAAACUGCAAGAAGCUGAGUCCAACUUGAGGAAGGCAAAGCAGGCGUACAUGCAGCGCUCGGAGGAGCACGAGAAGGCAAAGCUGCUGACGGUGAAGGCGGAGGAGGACCAGCAGAGUGCCAGCAGCAGCAACACCAGCAAGACUCUGGACAAGAAGAGAAAGAUGAAGGAAGAUGCACGUAAUAAGGCAGACGAAGCAGAAGCAACAUACAGAACCUGCAUCGCAGACGCCAAGACGCAAAAGCAGGAGCUGGAGGACGUGAAAGUGAACGUGCUGCGACAGAUCCAGGAGGUCAUCAGGCAGAGCGACCAGACGUUGAAAUCGGCCACCAUCUCCUACUUCCAGAUGAUGCACAUGCAGACCGCGCCGCUUCCAGUCCACUUCCAGACCCUGUGUGAGAGCAGCAAGCUCUACGACCUUGGCCAGCAGUACGCCUCCUACGUCAAGGACCUCCAGAUGGAGCCUGAAACAGAAGCACAUUAUGAUUUCGAGUCCUAUUCACCACACAUGACCUGGUCUCCCUAUGUGAGAACCCGUAAGGGCAGCUUCAAUGCCCAUGACUUUCCUCCUAACACGCCAAAUGAGUUACACAGCCAGGUGUUCGCAGAGGAGCCCGGCGCCCAUGAGGGAGGUCUGGUCCAGAAGGAAGCGCGUGACGGGGGUAUCUCUGAGAGACGAGGAGUCCGCAGUCAUCAGGUACACAAAUCGUGGCCCACGACCAUGAGUGAUACCGACAGUGUCGGAGGAGGAAACAGCCUGGAUUCACCCUCUUCUGUAACAGGUGAUUUUACUCAGAAGUUGCCCAGGGUACCUUCUUCGGGAACCAUGACUGCUACUGAGCACGUAGACGAUAAAGAUGGCAGCAGCAACUUUGAGCAAAGUAUUAACGGGAUGGCUCCAGAGAUGGUGGGAUCCACCGGCCCCUUCAAGAAUGUCGGUCUCUCGAAGGCUGCCCAGACGCACCGCCUGAGGAAGCUGCGCACGCCGUCCAAGUGCAGGGAAUGUGACAGCUACGUGUACUUUCAGGGGGCGGAGUGUGAGGAGUGCUACCUGGCCUGCCACAAGAAGUGCCUGGAGACGCUAGCCAUCAAAUGCGGUCGCAAGAAGUUGCAGCGGAAGCUGCAGCUGUUUGGCAGAGACUUCACUCAGACGUCACGCGGGAGUCACGAUGGCAUUCCUUUCAUUAUCAAAACCUGCAUCUCCGAGAUCGAGAGCAGGGCUCUGAACAUGAAGGGCAUCUACCGCGUCAAUGGUGUGAAGACUCGAGUGGAGAAGCUGUGCCAGGCCUUUGAGAACGGCAAGGAGUUGGUGGAACUCUCGCAAGCGUCUCCGCACGACAUCAGCAACGUGCUCAAGCUCUACCUGCGGCAGCUUCCAGAACCCAUUAUGCUCUUCCGCCUCUACCAUGACCUGAUGGGCCUGGCCAAGGAGAGCUUGCAGGCCAGCGGGGACAGAAGGAGCAAAGAAGCGACCGUGGACAAAGAGGACAUGCUUCUGGCGACGCGGCUGAAGGAGCUGCUGAAGGAACUACCCCCAGCAAAUAAGACCACUCUGCGCUACAUUAUCCGACAUCUCAGCAGAAUUUCAGAACUUGAGCAGCAAAAUAAGAUGUCUCCGAGCAACCUUGGUAUUGUAUUUGGACCUACGCUGAUGAGACCCAGACCAACAGAGGCAACGGUGUCCUUGUCAUCACUGGUUGAUUAUCCUCAUCAGGCUCGGAUUGUGGAAACUUUAAUUGUCUGCUACUCAGAGAUAUUUGAGUCUAAAGCAGAGUUUAGCUUGGCUUCAGAUGAAGACACUCGUGAUGAACAACCGCCAACCGAUAUCUACAAUGAGAGAGGGUCUUCCACGGCAAGAGUGGGAUUGGGAAGCAAUGUCCCCGACCUCGAUGGGACUGCGGAGUUUGACAGAACGAGGCUGGACUCUGAUGCACAUCGUGAAAGUUCUUUAGGAUCAGAAAAGUCGUCAGAAUCCCGCGAGCGUUCACUGGGCUCUGACUGUGAGCUGGAAGACACAACAACGGAAUUUAGUACGGGAUCUGAGGAAGGGUUGCAGAGAAGUGGAAAGGGGAACUUGCAGAAACAGGAGAGCGUGACCAGCGCCGAUGAGCCUCCACUCUACGACAGCGCAGGCGAAGAGCCUGUGUCGGAGCGGGCCGAGCAAGCUCACACUCGGUGUUUGGGCAGCGACGAGGCCCAGACUGAGGGACCAGAGAGCGAGAAGGCUGAGGAAUGUUCAAGAUGUCCACCUCCACAGGCGGAGAACGAGAGGCAGGAUCUGACUGGAGCCGACAAACAGGACCAGCCCAGUAAUUCCAACCAAAGCCUGGCAGAUUUCAACACAAACCACUCAAACAAUGUGGACAGAAAUAAUCGGCGGCCUGUUUACUUCAGGGCGCAACUCCAUAUCAGAGAGCAGCGGGCCCCGUUGCCAUGGGUACAGAUGCGUCAUGGAAAAAUAGACAUUGGUCUUGAAAAUCGGGACCCGGAAUUUGUCUAAUUGUAUUUUAUCACAAGUUGCUUAUAGAAUAGGGAUUUUCCACAAGCAAGCGCUAAAAUACUCUGCACUGGGACAGAGAAAGGACUAUAUUCAGCCUUCAUCUUCUUUUGUGUCCAUCUUCCAUGUUUCAAAUGUUGACAUUGCUGGCAUCGUCCAUCCUGAAAAGGAUGCAAGCUUCCGGCGACAAUCUGUGGGAGCCAUCACUUGUUGAAAUAGAUGAUGGUGGUAGCAGAAUUAGCUCGGGAUACUUCCAGUUGCAUGCCCGUGGACUCAUCUGCUAUGAGGCCUAUAUUCAGCCUGAAAAUGGACAUCGUGUAUACGGCAUCACAUGACCAGACAACAACAGUAUGCAUCUUACAACUCGUGGAAAGCAAAUAUGUUUUGAUGCAGAACCAUUAUGUUUUAUUUAAAGGGUGCAAGAUGCAUAUAAUUGAUUAACUGAAGCCAGUAUAUGCAACACCAGGAAUGGAUUUAUAAGACCUGGUUUAUAUUUUUAAAGUACCCUAUACUUGUCCAUUUGUCAAAGGUUUUUCAUUCACCUUGUGCCAUUACAGACAUCUCCAAGGCUGUGGUCACAGUGGACAUCAUAACUAUCCUAUCACCCACAUUGCAAGGCACUUCCACAGAAAAUUGGUUCAGUUAAAUGAAGAGAACGAACUUGGAACUGGACCUGGCUUUGCAGAUGGAUGCGAUUAGGGAGAGGAAGUUAUCUUUCAUCACUGGACAGACUUUAGUUAGUAUCAGCUGCAGGUUUAUAUUAAAUAGAAUCAAACAUUGAUCAUAUCUCUGGUGGCCAACACAACGGCUCAUAUUUAAUGGUAACAGAUCGAAAAAUCAACGGCAGGAAUUAAUCUUCAAGCAUCUGGGAUAACAGAAGUAAAGACUUAGAGUUUACAUUGAAUGUAAGAAUCAGUAAGUCUUGAUGCAGCUCUAUAAGAUUUUGGUUUGGAGUCUUUUAUGCACAUUGGAGUAAUGUGUGCAGUUCUGGUCACCCCAUUACAAGAAGAAUGUGGAGGCUUUGGAGAGGGUGCAGAAGAAGUUUACCAUUAUGCUGCCUGGAUUAGAUAUAUUACCUAUAUGGAAAUAUUACAAAACUUAGAUUGUUUUCUCUGGAGGGGAAACCUGAUGGAGGUAAAUAAUAUUAUGAGAGGCAUAAAUAGGAUGGACAGUCAGAACGUU